AUGGCAGUGAUGCCCAUCUCAUUGUUGUGCGCGGAGGCAGAUACCAUCAGAAAGGNCUUCUUGCUUGCUGCGACUCCGCCGCGAGGCGUUCGUGUGGUGGUGGAGUUGGGUCGGAACUGAUGGGGUCAGGCGGGAAAUGUAGAUGCGCGGGCCUUUCUGGCCGUCGGCGUAGGCAGUGAUGCCCAUCUCAUUGUUGUGCGCGGAGGCAGAUACCAUCAGAAAGGUGGACGGGCACUACACGGCCCUAGGUUUGCUAGAGGGAGCUGUAUUGCCUCAGUAACCUGGCUUCGCCAUCAAAGGAGGAGGGAGCAGGUGGCGACGAGCUGAACUGGGCUGGUUCACCAUUCGGCGCGAGAAUUUUUAUUUUUUUCAGACCAAGAACCUUGAGUGCAAUGAGGGAGAANUCCUAACUGUGUUGUUAAUUUUUUUCGUUUUUUUUCUGACUUUCCGUGUUGGUUUUGAGUGAUGACGUCGUCACCGGUUUUGUAGAGAGACCCGUCAGAGAUGGCGUGGCUAACCCGGGUGCCUUGGUUUUGUGCCUGAUCGUGGAAGACCCCUUCAAUGUGGAACGAUUCUUAGCUAGUGUCGAUAUUUUUCACUGCAGUGCCUAACACAGACGAUCGGGAGAGAUUCGGGUGAUUGUCAAUUGCUGCUAUGAUGGCUUUGGUUGGUUGUUCUUUUUCACUGUACGGCCGCAGACACAUUCUGACAGCACUUCAGACUGCAGCUUUGUGCCCCGCCAGCUGCUUGUUCCGUGCCUACUAUCAUGGUGUUUUUGUACAGACAGCACUUCAGACAGCAGUAUGCUGUAGUCGACAAUCUUCCGUUUUGGUAUAGAGUGGGACAGGGAGGGGGUGAUGCUACUGUAGUCGAACGGUGGGACGGACGUGCAGUUCAGUUUUUGGGCAUGCAUACGGCGCUGCAGGGAUUUUUAGGUGUACCCCUUCGGGCUCUUGGAUACCUUUUUCUCGUUAUAUGUGUGCGUGUUCUUUAGAUCCU